AAAGCACUAUUCAACACGGAAUUCAUAUUCAUGCAGGAAUUGGCCUAGACCACCAGGCAAGCUUUAUAUAUAAGAAACCUCCCCCUCCUGUAUGUCUCCAAACAUUCAAAACUCUAAUAAUCUUUGUUGAAAUUAAUCAUGGCCGGCGGAACUGAAGCUUUUCCUGAUUUGGGAAAACACUGCCAACAUUCAGAUUGUCGUCAAUUGGAUUUUCUUCCUUUCAAAUGCGAAGGUUGUCACAAGGUGUUUUGUUUGGAGCAUAGGUCAUAUAAGUCUCAUGAGUGUCCGAAAUCGGAUCAUAAGAGCAGGAAGGUAAUUGUUUGUGAAACCUGUUCGACCUCAAUUGAGAAAGCAGGGAAAGAGGAGGAGGAGGUGAAGAUAAUGUUGGAGAAGCAUAAGCAGUCAGGGAAUUGUGAUCCAAGGAAGACGAAGAAACCGACUUGCCCUGUUCGGAGGUGUAAAGAGACAUUGACAUUCUCUAAUUCAAUCGUUUGCAAGACUUGCCAAUUGAAGGUUUGUCUGAAACACAGGUUUCCAGAUGAUCAUGCUUGCAGACAGGAUUCCAUCACACUGGCACCGGCGAAAGGAGGAAGGAAUGAGAAGUUCUUGACUGCUUUUGCUUCAAGGAACGGAAAAGAUUGUGCCCAGAGUGGGCAGCGGCCAUCACCAACUUCUCCAUCUGUAAAGGCCUAUUAGGACGCACAUUAUU